AUAUGGCGAGCUUGAAAGAACUGCCACCUGAACUGUUAUCCUAUUUGCUUUCAUAUUUGCCAGGGACUGAGCUUCCUAAAGUGUGCAAGGUUUGCAGAAAGCUCAGAGAUGCCGUGGCAGUUGAUCUAGUGUGGCAGACUCGAUGCAAUGUGGAGUACAGAUUCGUGAGUAAGCAGGGAUGGGAGCCAGCAUCGUUCUAUGAUAUAUAUACCAAAGUGUUGCACAAGUAUGGCAGUGUGGUGGGUCUGUGGCAGCCACAUAUUGGACCGUAUGGCGGACUGACAUAUGUUAAGUACGAGAGAGGACAGAUUGUUGGCUAUGACUGCCAGCCACCACGAGAACCCGAUGUUAAGGGUCCUCUGAGGCUGAAGCCCUUGUUUUCCAUCACUCUAAAUGGAGAAUCAGGAGAAGUUGAGCAAAAGUGUCAUAAGGGAUAUGGCGGGCCCCAUAAGUGUAAUAUAUUGCUAAAGGCGAAUCCUCUGGAAGGACUCUCAUUAGAAAUGAAGUGCCUAGAACUCCACUUACAUCAGCAUCCAGGUGGACGGGAAACAGCUUUAGAAGAAUGGAUCUUGGAGGAGACAGAUGGAGGACACCACGGACCUAUGUUCCAUGAACGGGAACUGCUGAUAAUAAAGUUCCACAUUCUAAUGCAAUUACAACACCAUGCUAAUGUGAUGACACCUAUAAAGUUGCCCUGCUUGGGGCCAGCUGUCAAACUCGUUGACCCAGGUCUUUACAAGGGAAACUAUGGGAGUCACGGGAUUGAGUUGAUACUGCUGACCUAUCAAGGCCAAUUUCAGGAGGUUCAUGGCAUGAAAAUCACGGGUGACCCAAAUGUUCCUGCCUCAGAAAUCAGUAUUACUGCUGAUCUUCGGCGCCCAAUGAUAUUGACGGAGGACCAACAAGACUCUGUGGAAGUCCUGGGAGAAAUUGACACUCCAGAUAUCCUGCCUGGAAAUGAAACCAACUUUGUCCGAGAACAACCAUUCAAAAUACCUCAGGACUGCAUUGAUCGCUAUCGCCGCACUCCCAAAACCUGUCGUGCUAGAUUUCACGGGUUUGGAAGAAUUGCAGGACAUGGCUAUACAAACCCAUCUUCCAUCCCUGGCCACUGGAUCGUGUUUGAUGAACAUAACUUCGGCUUUAUUUGGCUUGACCUUCGCUCUUUCAGUAUGUUCUCCAAGGUCACAGAAACAUUUGACAUUCAGCCAAGUGCUGCAGCUAUCACCAGAGGCCAAAUCUAGAGGAAUAUAUAAAUUGCCUGCAUGCCUAUGUGGUAUAAUUUUAGUACAAUGUAUAUAUGUACUUUUAACCUGGUGCAGUCACAUCUUGUGACUUCCUCGCCCAUUUAGGUGUGUAUGAACGUUUUGUUGAGUCAUUGUACCUUUACAAACAAAAUUUAUAUGAGAACAUCACACAAGGAUGGUGGAGCUGUUUUAGUUGCAUGUUUAUGUGAGGAUUGUGUAGUUGUUGUUGCAUUAUAUGACAAAAUGAGCUUACAUGCAUGCAUGUACGUCUGAAUAUUGCAAUACAAGUAUGUUACAUGUGUAUAUAUGCAUGUGCAUAUAUUACAAAUAUGUUACAUUAACAUAAUAUGUGUAAAUGUACUUGUGGCUGAGGAAGUCAUUCCUUUAGCCUUGAUGGUUUCAGUAAUUUUUUAUGCCUUUGGAUUGUGAAGAUGAAUGUAAAAAGUCGUUUUACAGGCAUUUAGUUCACUCCCUUAUGCAUGCGUGAGUGUACUAGUGAUGAUUUGAGUUUUAUGCAGUAAUUAUGAGAGCACAGGACUUUUCAUAGUUACAUGUACAAUAGGUAACCCAUCAUCAUGUAUCAGUAAAUCUCAGUGUACAAGUGAAGCUGAACCGAAUCAUUGCUCUGCAGAUAUAUGUUUCUGUUAUAACAAAGAAUGUUCAGAUUUGUUAUGCACCAUUUUUGGAGAAAGUCUAUUGCUAUAUUUAGAAUAGACAAAGGUCUGCACCAGGAUCAAUGUUUGGUGAUUUUAAGUCUUGCAUUUUCUAUUUUGACACUGAAAGUUAAAUCAAGAAACUAAGGAGAUCAGCACUGACAUAUGUGGUAUUACCAAGAAGUGUAGAAAUCUGUUUGUUUUGAUUUAAUUUAAUUUUUGUCAAGAAAAGAAAUCUGCGAGAUGUAUUUGUUUUGACUGAUUGCCUGGCAUCUUUACUUUGCUGAGUUAAUGAAGCCCGUGUUUUAUUCAAAAGAUGAGUCCUGGUGUAAUAUUUCACCAGUUUUGAGAAGGACAUUUUGUGCCUUCUUUUGAAGAUGUCAUGUUGUAUGUAAUAUUACAUCAUUUUUGAAAAAUUGUGAUUUCUGUUGAAGAUGAGCCUUGGUGUAAUUUACAGGAGUUCAGAGAAGGAAAAUUGUGUUUUCAGCGGAAGAUGAGUCUACGUGUAAUAUUACAUCAGUUUUGAGAAGGAUAAUUUGUGUUUUCUGUUGAAGAUGAGUCUACCUGUAAUAUUACAUCAGUUUUGAGAAGGAUAAUUUGAGUUUUCUGUUGAAGAUGAGUUUUGGUGUAAUAUUACAUCAGUUUUGAGAAGGAUAAUUUGUGUUUUUUGCUGAAGACAAGUCUUAGUGUAAUAUUACAUCAGUUUUGAGAAGGAUAAUUUGUGUUUUCUGUUCAAGAUGAGUCUUCAUGUAAUAUUACAUCAGGAUAAUCGUCCAGGUAUUGAUACCAGGCUAAUACACACAUAUUUUAAUGUACUGUGACUGUUUUACUCAACAACAGCAAAUUUGAAUAAUUCAGUGCAUUUAUUUUAUGUUUUGCUUAUUCCCAUACUUAAUGCUGUGUUUUACUCAAGCUGUGCACGUAUUAAACAGCAAUUAAGUUUCACCUCAAGUCAGCUUUAUAUUGGUACUGUGGCAUGGUUUUAACAUAUUCUUGUUGUAGCUUUAUAAGAUGUGACUUUUAUCCUUAUCGUUCACACAUGUGAAAACCAUGACUGAUAAACCUUCUUUAUAUUACCUUUCACAUAACAUGAGGCUUUAAUGCUUAUGGUUCAUGGUUGUGAAAACCAUGCCUUAUAAACAGUCUUAAAAGGAGCAUUAUCACAUGCUGCCUUCAGGAAGGAACCUUAUUUUGUUAUUGAUGCAGGGAAUUUAAUUAUUUCUUUUACCAUAGUAUUUUAUUGAAGAAAGAAAAAUUUUAUGAAGGUGUGUAGUUUCAAAUUGGAAAAUCUUGAUCAAAUGGUAAUCAACCAUUAAGAUAAUGAAUACGUGAAUAAGAGAUUUUGUGAUAUGGAUAAGUUAGUAAGACCAUACUAUGAGGUGGUCUGGACCAUUAAGGUAAUGAUUACGUGGAUAGGAGAUGAUGUGACACGGAUCAGUUAGUGGGAUCAUACUAGAAGGUGGUCUGGCCCAUUAAGGUAAUGAUUGCGCGAAGAGGAGAUGAUGCGACGUGGAUCAGUUAGUGGGAUCAUACAAGGAGGUGGUCUGGACGAUUAACACGGACCAUAGAUGAUGUGACAUGGAUCAUUGAGGAGGUGAUAUGACGUGGUUCCUUUGGUGGAAUCACCCUAGGAGGCAUCCUAAUCAUUAAGGUAACCAUUAACAAGUGAUCUUAUUCAUUCUAAUCAGCUUUCAAAGUGUACUGUUACGUAUGUGUGAAUUAAGGGCUUCCGGUUUUGCUAAUUGUCCUUCAUGUUUUAUAAUCUCGGUGAUAAGAAAAAUUAUGUUUUUAUUUCUCGCGUUUUUGUUGUAAUUACAUUAGAUUUAACUACACAACAGUCAUGAAUGGAUGUUAUUUUUUGUAUGAACUCACUGCACGUUGUACAGUAUUGUCUGUUGCUCAGGUCACCUUAUUUUGUUGUCAGUUUUUGCUUUUCCGAUGACUCGUGUAUUUUCCCUGACAAAUCGCCGUGUAUGAGAUUUGUAGCGAGCAUAAUUACACGACAUGAUUUUCAUAAUAGCGUUUUUUAUUUAGGUACGUUUUUGGAGGUUGUAAAUGUUUGAGGUUUCGGAGAGCCGGCUAACCUGCUGAUAUUGUUUGUCUCCCUUCUCUUUAAUUCCUGGAUGAGUACAGGCCACGUGUGAAAUAGGCUUGUCCCAGUUUGAAUGGCCAUGCUAUGAUUGUGCAUUAAAGGGCAAUACAAUAGUAUUAUUACAAA